UACCGUAGGUGUACCUCUUUCCGGGAAGUUUCCUGGAUGAUAUUCUAUUAAACACGUAGGAGCGAUCGUUUGUGAAUCAUUUGAUCUAGUCGUGUUGGACGGAUUAUAACCGGUUGUUGACAUUCAAAUUAAUUAAUAGUCUAUUGCUACCUUGAUCUCAAAUAAUGCUAUCAAUGGAAAUGGAAAAUCAAACUGUUUCGGACGGUGAUAGGCCGGAAGAGAAAUUCAUGGAUCCAGACGGGCUAAUCGCCACUCGUUUUAUCAUCAGUGGAAUUGGGAUAAUAACAAAUGCAUUCGUCAUAUUAGUUUUGCUAUACAACAAAAUUUACAAGAAAUCUCUGACGCAUUUACUGAUUUUCCAGCAAUCUGCUAUAGAUAUGGUGGCUUGUAUUAUGAUGUUGGCCUUCUUCACACCAUCAGCUCCGUCAGACGGCGGAGCAGUAUUUUUCUGUAAGAUUUUGAACAUAUUUUGGUGCGCAACUUACGCCUCAACAUAUAAUUUAGUAAUAAUAACGAUAGAGCGAUACAUAGCUGUUUUGCAUCCUAAGUUUUUUAGACGGCACUUCAGGGAUAAAAAAGGCAGAUUAGUUUUGAUACUUCCCUACAUCAUCGGCAUGCUAACUGGGAUAGAACUAUUUGUUUAUGCGGGGUAUGACGAAGUAACUGGACAUUGUACAUACUACUAUAGUGCACGUGUUUUCUGGGGUGCUGUCUUCUUUACUACCCAGUACAUUGUGCCUGUAAUUGCUAUGGCAUUCUGUUACGCCAGAAUCCUUAUAAAUCUACGCGAACGCGCAGUUCCGCAAGCUAAGACCAUAAGCAGGUCAAAUACGGACAACACACGGACUUGGCUACGCAAAGCCCAACGAAGUCUCAUCUAUACAAUUUGUUUUGUCGGUAUAGCAUUUUUUAUCACUGUUUCUCCCAACAAAAUCAUCUUUUUUCUUUAUACGGCUUGUGGUUGCUUCGAGUUCAGUGAUAUAAUCAUAAUCUACGAAUUAUCAAUUAUUUUGAAUACGAUGAAUUUAUCUAUAAAUCCAAUCAUAUACACGUUUACGUUCUACGAUUUUAAACGCGGGAUGAAAAAACUUAAGCUAGACAUUAUGAAUAAAAUGGGACAUAGCGCCGACGAAGAAAUGACUCCAACGCCCAUGAGCUCAACUAUUUAAACGGCUGAAAUAGAUUCGACUUAUGAGUGGAUAUACUCUAGUUACAGUUUGUAAUAAAGUACUUGUUUAUUCUUUUUAUCCACGGCCUUGUUUACCACCAUUCCAUAUUAUAAAGAUUAUCUUUAGAACAAAAUUCUCACAUCGGUGAAGGAGUGCAAUGGGGGAAGGGACUGCCUCUGUUACCCUCUCACUUGCGGCGCCACUGGCAGACAGAUUUUUCAAUAUUGUUUUAGUAAAAGUAUUUACUUUAGGUCUACAGAUCUUGUUUGUCAAUUAAAGAUUAUACAGUGCAUGACUAUGACGUCAGCAUAGAGUAGGCCUAUCACCCUAUUGAUUAUUUUACGUCUUAUUAACUUGUAGCUUUAAUAAUUGUAAUAAAAAUUCAAUUAGGGUUGACGUUUUCUACAUUGACACUUUUUUAUAUAAAGACCAGUAAAGUAUUUUGUAUCUUAAACGUUCUGUUUUUAUAGCCUAAUACUAGUACUUUAAUGUAUUGUUAGAGGCCUAGUUUAUUGCUCAAACGCUCAAUUAAGUUAAUUUAUUAACAGCAUCCUAUUCAAUUCAAUUCAAAUCAAUUCUGUGUAUUCUCAAUUGCAAUUGAAAGACUGUCGUAAAUCAAGGUAAUAAUAAUAAGUGUGUAAGAAUUUUACUAUAAGAUAACUGUGUGAUGUUGCAUGUAAUAUAAUUUCAUUACUACAAUUCGUCGUCAUUAAUUUUAAACUGUGUUUCUACUUGACCUUUCCAAGAUGAUUUGUUUGUUUAUCAAUACUAUUGACAUACCAACGAUACCUGCCUGCUAACAGCCGAAGCACAUUAUCACGUGAUAAUGUAUACAAUAAUAACAAUAGUAUUAUAAUAUUGAUAGUAAUAAUGAUAAUAAAAAAUAAUAAUAAAUGUAAUGAUAAUAAUAAUAAUAUAAUAAUAAUAAUAAUGAUAAUAAUAAUAAUAUAAUAAUAAUAAUGAUAAUAAUAAUAGUAAUAAUAAUACUCUAAUCUAUUUCUUUUAAUUUAAUUUUUUCUUUAUUUUGUUUCAUGCUAUGAAUAUGUAA